GGCUUUUUUGUUCGUAUCUCACUUUAGUAUUUCAAAAUAUUCGUAGCAGAACAAUUAAAAACAGUUUGUUGCAUACUUAUAUUGUGAUAAUAUAAAUAAAUAGGUGAAACAUUUUUUUUUCUUAGAUUCGUUCACUGUACUAAUAAUUUUAAAAUAAAAUCUUUAUAAAGUUUACUGAAUAAAUUCAUUACGAAAACCGCAGCUAGUCGUAUCGGUUUUAAUUGACUAAAAUGUCAAUUUUUCUCAAUUUUAUUUUUUUUAUUUGUUUCAACGAAAUUUACGCAUUUCACCAAUCGUAUCAUAGAAACAGAGAUGAAGCCGAUUCUACCGUCAUUUUAACGCAUGUUAUCUUUCGACAUGGUAAUAGAACGGCAGAAUUGACUGAAUCAUAUCCAAAGGAUCCUUAUUAUAAUUACACUUAUUUCCCAAUUGGCAGAGGACAAUUAACAAACGCUGGAAAAAACAAAGAAUACGAACUCGGUCGAGAUUUGCGCAGAAGAUAUAACGAAUUUUUAGGGCAAGUUUACUAUCCCAAAAUAGUAGACGCCGUUUCGACCAAUAGAAAUCGAACGAAAGCAUCGCUGCAACUGGUUUUAGCAGGUUUAUUUCCACCUGUCGAUCAAGAAGUAUGGAAUUUCUUACUUCCUUGGCAACCAGUACCUCAAAACUACUAUCCAGACGAUAGGGAUCCAGUCCUCAUGGGUAUAAAUUGUCCGAGUUAUAAGAAAAAAUACAACGAAUUAGUGGCUACCAGAAAAUGGCGUGAAGAAUUCAAUAAUCAAAAACCGAUAUUCGAUUAUAUAUCUAAAAACAGCGGAUUGAAUGUAACCACUUACAACGACGUUUACAAUUUAUAUUUCGGUUUAUCCACCGAAGAAGAAUUCGGUCAGAAAUUACCAAGAUGGACGAAUUACGUGUGGCCGAAAAUAGUAACGGAUUUCGCGAUUAAACAAUAUUUCGUAGAUACGGCCACAACGGAAAUGUUAGCUCUAGCCGAAGGUUUUCACUUGAAGAAAAUUAUACAAGACACAAAACAGAUCGCGAAAAAUAACGAAAAACACGGCGUGAAAAUUUAUUUAUAUUCGGCGCACGAAAAUAACGUAGCCGAGAUGCAGAUAUUGCUGAAUAUUUUCGAACCGCACGUACCAAAUUACGGUUCGUAUUUAAUUUUUGAGGUUCAUAGGAUCAGAGGUGUCGUUGGAAUUAAGUUGUAUUACAACAACCGCGACAACCGCGGCCUGCGUCUUAUGAAGAUACCUAGCUGCGACGAAUUUUGUCCUUUGGAUCAAUUCGAACGAAUAUUCGAAGAGUAUCUACCUUCAUCGCAAGAUAUUUGUUAUCAAUAAUACGGUUAUAUUAUAAAUAUCAAUAAAAAAUUUUCCUAUC